AUGUUUCCAUCAUCACUUUACGGUUACAAUUACGAUGAAAUAAAUCCUUAUCCAAAUCAGCUACAUCCUAGUAACAGAUAUGGCGGUGGUAGGAACUAUUAUAUCCACCCAAGAAAUAAUAAUAGUAGCGGUUAUUAUAAUAAUAGCUAUAAUCAUAGACCUUAUUAUAAUGGCUUCUAUAAUAACAAUCUACGUCACAUCAAUAUUGCAGCAAAUAAAAUUUAUAAAUUUAUUAAUCAAAGCCAACAAAAUAAAAAUACCAAAGUAAUUCUUAAAAAACUUUUAGAAUUGAAAUCAAUUCAACAACAAUUAUUAAAUAUUCAAUCAAAAUAUGACAAUAAAAUUGGUCAAUUAACAUUCCGUAUCAAUGACAAAGAUGAUAAUAAGAAGAAACAAAUCUUACCAAUUACAAAAGAAAACAAAACGUUUUUAAUGAUGGAAGAUUUAAUACUUAAAACUUUAGAAAAAUUGGAUAAGAUAUACAGUGAUGGAUCUGAUUUGAUAAGAGAACGGAGGAAAGAAAUUGUAAAGAUUGCACAAGGAAUGUUGGAUGAACUGGAUAAAGAAAAGGACCAACAAUGGAAGGAACAUUUAUUGUAA